UCCAGACUAGUAUCAGGUGUGUUCCAGGUGGUAUCCAGGCUAGUAUCAGGUGUGUUCCUGCUGGUAUCCAGGCUAGUAUCAGGUGUGUUCCAGGUGAUAUCCAGACUAGUAUCAGGUGUGUUCCAGGUGGUAUCCAGACUAGUAUCAGGUGUGUUCCAGGUGCUAUCCAGAUUAGUUUCAGGUGUGUUCCAGAUGGAAUACAAAUUAGGUUCCUAUGUGUUCCAGGUGGAAUCCAGACAAUUACUGGGUGAGUUCCAGAGGUCCACAGUGGUACAUUGAUGUUGAGAGAACAAUUCCAUCUACAUGAAAUCAAAUACCUGAGACUCACAAGAAGAAAGUUACAACACCAGAGAACAUUCUGAGAUAUUUUGUUUGUCUCAAUCUAUGUUUUGGUAUUGCAUUCAGAAAUAUGCCCUGCAUGUUGCAACACUUGUCACCCCUUGGUGUUCAGGAUCAUAAAUGCAUUCAUUUACAGGUUGGAGAAACCAUCACCACAGUUGUAGAAUUAAAGUAAAAAAAAAAUGAACUUCAUGUGCAGACUGAUGGGGUUCUAAACCAUAAAAUAACUUGUUUUGAAUGUCUUUUUAAUCUGGACUAAACUGGAUGUGACAAACUCCGUCGUCCUCGUAGCCAACAAUGUUACCGUCUGUGCAACUGAAAUCAGAACUGGCGAUAAAUUUUGUUACAGUAAAACGUGUUAUUUUGCAUCAGUGUGAAAAGAUUCAUGAGAAUGAAAAUCCUUUUUUUUCCAGAGGAGGACAUGAUUUGCUGCUUUGCGUUGUGUUUGUAUCUGGGUCAUCUGUGUGAGUGCAGGAGGAGGAAUGCGUUCGGGGUUUCCUGUUAACGUCUGAGGGAUCCGCUUCACGCAGCAGACCCAUAAACCUACAGAGGGAGUUUAUUCAGCUGCGCAUCAGAAGAGUGAUUUAUCUAAAUCAGAGCUCUCCCCGAGCUCGACACCACAGACGGGAGUCACUGUCACGCUGUAAUUCAUCUCUGGUGUCAGCUACUGGUGUGCAUGCGCACAUGCACGCAUGCACAUACAGAUGGGUUAAUACACGGACAGCUAAGCAAACACACACACACACACACACACACACACACACACACACACACACACACACACACACACACACACACACACACACACACACACACACACACACACACACACACACACACACACACACACACACACACACACACACACACACACACACAGAUAAAUUAAUACAGGGAAAGCUACACAAACUCAAAGCUGCGGACAUAGAGAACACCAGGAUUUGAGAAGGUCUGACUAGGUCCAGGUUGGAAGGAUGUCUGUGUGGACGAGCAGUCCAACAAGCUGCAGGUGAUCUGAGGUAACUUCAACUCAGGAAGCUCCUGUUCCUGAAACACCGUGUUAACCAUAAACCAUUUGGUAGCAAACUCGUGUGUUAACUUUUUGCCAGAUGACUAGAGGACUCAGGAGGGCCUGACUGGGGGUUAGACAGACUCAACCUCAUAUCUUUAUUUCAGUUCAGUUUAUUUACAUAGUGCCAAAUCAUGUCAAGAGUUGUCUGAAGGCACAUCACAAAGUAAACAUUCCAAUUAGUUCAGUUUCUUGUAGAAGUCAGCAGAUUGCAUCACGUCACUGACUUGUUGUGUCACAGACCUUACAGCAAUCCCCAUGAAAGCAUGUAGCAACAGUGGAGAGGAAAGCUCCCAUUCAACAGGAAGAAACCUCUGACAGAACCUGGCUGAGGAUGAGCAGCCAUCUGCUACGACUAACUAGGGGCUUGAGCAGACAGAGCAGACAUGCACACACGCAGACGUAUGCAAAUGCAGCAUAUUUCUAUUGUUGAAGUUGUGAUCCUGAUUGUUGGUUUCUGAAACUCUGAUCUGAGAUCAGAUCUUGCCCCACUUAGGCUGAGUCUCACCAUCACACGCUGAACUCAUGAACUGCUGUGAGGGAACAUCAUGAUGUCAUUAGGCUGAUGUCAUAUUCGUUUCAUUUUUCAGCUUCAGCUUCAAACCAAAACCAGAACCAAACAGAUCCUUGUUUACUGGUGGAACACUGGUUUAUUGGUGGCUGACGGGUUUAUUGGGGGGAUCACUGGUUUACUGGUUUGAGAUGGACUGGCAACCUGUCCAGAGUGAACCCCGCCUGUUUGCCCAGACACUGCUGGAGAUAGGCACCAGCCCCCCGCGACACUGCAUGGACAAGCGGGUAUGGAAAAUGGGUGGAUGGGUGGUUUACUGGUGGCCGACAAGUUUACUGGUCAGAUAAUAAGCUUACUGGUGGACUACUGGUUAACUGAUGGACCAGUGAUUCACUGGUAGAGUAACUUAAUCUAUUAGAACCAAGCCAACAUGAGAAGAAGCCAAAAACAAAAACAAAUACUUAAAAUUUUCCUCUCCAGUCCAGCAGGUCUGACGAGCAGUCCCAUCAUCUCUGAUAUCUCCCUGAUCCGUCUCUCUCCUGCUGCCGUGGCGACGGGUGAAUCUCCGUUCAGCCCGCCUCACCCCUACGUCUCCCCCCACAUGGAGCAGUAUCUGCGCUCAAUACACGGAAGCCCUGCCCUGUCCAUGAUCCCGGCAGGCCGAGGACUCAACCCAGCAGAAUGUAACUCCACCAGCCUCACACAUAUCUUGGCCCAUGAACACCUGAAGGACCGCGGUCUGUUUGGACUCCCUCCUCCUCCCCCAGGGGCCAGUCCAGCUGAGUAUUACCACCUGAUGGCUGGCCACCGGAGCCCCUACAGCGAGUUGCUCCUGCAGGGGGCCGGGGCCGCCGCUGGAGCCCACCUGUCUGACUACAUCUGUCCCAUCGAUGUUUCCCGAUUUUCCAGUCCCAGACUCACACCCCGGAUCAGCAGGAAGCGGGCUCUGUCCAUCUCUCCUCUGUCCAACGCCACCAUUGAUCUUCAUACUAUGAUAAGGACUUCACCAAACUCCCUGGUGGCGUAUAUCAACAACUCACGUUCAGGCUCAACCGCCAGUAGUUCUUAUGGUCACCUGUCGGUGGGAGGACUCAGCCCACCCUUUCCUUUCCAUCAUCCUGUCAACUCCAUGGCCUACCAGCAGCUUCUUUCUCAUCAGAGAAGUCUUAGCGCCUUUGGUCACAACCCAGCCCUAAUCCAGACUCCACCUACCUUCUCUGAACACCAGGCAGGCCUCAGCCUGCCCUCAGUGACCAGUUCCCACCUCAACAAAGACCCGAUGUCUAAGAACCUCAAAGAUGACUCAGCAGUCAGCAGCUCAGUGGACCCCUUCACCAACAAGAGGCCAAAGGUGAAAGCAGAGGGCGAGGGAUUGAGGUCGGCAUCUUCCCUCUCACCGAACCAUCACAGCAGCCUGCUGGAUCUGAAGGAGGAUGGGGACCAUGACAAGUGUGUGCAAGAACCGGAGAUGGUCUACGAGACCAAUUGUCACUGGGAGGGCUGCAGGAGGGAGUACCAGACCCAGGACCAGCUGGUCCAUCACAUCAAUAAUGACCACAUCCACGGAGAGAAGAAGGAGUUUGUGUGCCGCUGGGAGGACUGCUCACGGGAGCAGAAGCCCUUCAAGGCUCAGUACAUGCUGGUGGUUCACAUGCGCCGACACACGGGGGAGAAGCCACACAAGUGCACGUUUGAAGGAUGCUCGAAGGCCUACUCUCGCCUGGAGAACCUGAAAACCCACCUGCGCUCUCACACUGGGGAGAAACCAUAUGUCUGUGAACAUGAAGGAUGUAACAAAGCAUUCUCCAAUGCCUCAGAUCGGGCCAAGCACCAGAACCGGACUCAUUCCAAUGAGAAGCCAUAUGUUUGUAAGAUCCCUGGAUGCACCAAGCGUUACACAGACCCCAGCUCUCUCAGGAAACAUGUGAAGACGGUUCAUGGACCUGAGGCCCAUGUCACCAAGAAGCACCGUGGUGACCAGCCCCCCCGACCACCAGCACCAAAGGAGAACAGUGAAAACAAGUCCAGUAGGAGGGAGAUGCUCCACAGGGAGGACAAGAUGUCAGGGAACAGCUCCCCUAGAUAUGUGGAGGACUACCUUCAUGUCAAAUCCAUCAAGACUGAGAACACAGUGAUGUAUCAGUCCAGUCCUGGCGGUCAGUCAUCUUGUAGCAGCGAACCAUCACCACUUGGCACCAACAAUGACAGUGGAGUAAAAACAGCAGCACAAAGCAGGGGAAGCCAGGGGGACAUCAGGCCCCUGGAUCAUCUUCCCUACACGAAUUCCAUGGGCUGUGAAGAGACUUCUGGGGGGGUUGCAGUAGUGAGCCUUUAUCCCAGAAAAAAGUUCAGUAACAUCCAGUGCCUGGAGCAACUCAAAACGAAUCUGAGGAGCGUGAGGGACUCGUCUCAGUGGACCAAGAACCCAACACCCCCCGUCCACGGCAUCAUGCUUCCACCUAUACCAACACGCGGGCCCCCCCUGGAGUGCUCAGGAGUCCGUGUAGAUCCAGCUUUGUACUCUACUUAUGGUCAACUGAGAUCUGGUAAAACCAACCUGCUAGGAGACACUUCUGAGCACCGUGACAGCCCCUCCAGCACCCUUAGUGUGGUCUACACCCUGAGCAGCUGCUCCUCAGGCAUCUCCCCUGAUUUCCUCAGCCGGCACUCCAGCCAGACCUCUAAGGCUGGUGCCAACCUCCUCAGCAGCAUCAGCUCUGCCGACUCCUAUGACCCCAUAUCUGCUGAUACGUCUCGGCGUUCAAGUCAGACCAAUCAGUGUCGGGUCCACAGUAGUGGACCUGUACACAUCAGUCUACUAAACAUAACCCAGCACUACCAUCUAAAAGCAAAAUACGCUGCCGCCACUGGGGGUGCACCACCUACACCUCUUCCACACAUGGAUCGGAUGAAUCUGAAGUCCUGCUUGGAACUUUAUGAGGACUCAAAGAAAUCCUUGUGUGCACGGAGCCAGAUGACCCAUGAAGUUCCAUCCAACAUCCCUCGCCGUGCCAGUGCCCAAGAGAGAAUUUUUGACUUGCUGAACCAUCCUCAUGUGCUGCAGUACAACAGCAUGGGGACUGUGAGCAGAGGGGUGAUCAUACAACCCUGUCCUCCAGAUCGCCAACACUCAGCCCAGACAGGCUGCCUGGGAUCUGGUGAUGGUCUAGAUCAAUUUGCUUACAUCCUGAGAACAGCUGACAUCUCAACGACGAUCAUCAACGAGAAAGAAACAAAUACCACUCAAGAUGCAACCAAUCUGAAUGAUUUUCAAAGCACUCCUAAUGUCCGGCAGAGCAGUACUGAGGUGCUGAAGCUGCGCCCCUUAGGCAGGGGUCAAACCCUGGCCAGGACAACCAGGGGACAGUGGAACGCAUGUUCUUUAGGACUCUUGGAUCCCACUCAACAGAACUCCAAGCUGCAAGGGAACUUGGCUUUCCUCCAACAUAAUCCAACCUUUGGUUCUUUUAAUCUGACCCCCAACAGAGAAAUGUUCCAAAGCCUAACCAACAGAGGCCAACGGAACUUUAUACAGCUCAGUUCUGAAAAAGGACUGAACCUAUUCCAACCGUUUUCCAAUCUAAGUGAAGUUGCUGGGCCUUGGUACAGGCCAUGUGAAGAUACUGGUACCUUUGAUGCAAAUGGAAACCCAGUUGAUGGCCUCUGUGGAAAUAUGGCUGAGGACACAAGGAGCAUACAGACCUGGACACAAGAACCAGCUCUGUUGGACUUUGUAGAACUUAAACAUGUGCAGGUAAAGACUGAGAUCUGUGAUGUAUCAGGACUGAUUCUAGAUCAGCAGAACUGCAAUGUAAUCUUACAGAAAAUCCAUCCAUCCAAGAAUCAGAACCAUCUACAAUCAGGACCAUCAACAGGACCUAAAUCUUUGAACCCCUCAGACCCAGAGCUGAUGCAGCAAACAGACUGUGGUUCAGGACAUCCCUGCAGCCCAGAGGACCAUGCUCUGCUCUACAUGGGUCAGUUUCAAGUCUUUGAGUCCAGGGGGGACCUGGAUUGUUACGGCUCAAAUGUCAAUGUGUCUCCAUUGGAAAAUAGUGCACCAGCCUCCAGUUCAUGUGAAAACCAUCUGAAGCCAACUCUGAUGGACUUCCAAAGCUUGCUUGAUGAUGGAGAUUAUUCCAGCCAAAUGCCAGAAACCCUAAAUCCUGGACUGACCCAGAGUUUCUCCCAGAGUUAUUCCCACCCAACCACUCUAAGGAACUUAGUGACACUGCCUUUAGUCCCGACUGGGAGCGGGAUUAUUGCCUUCAGGAACAUGAGUUCACUGCUGGUGGCUCUGGCUGAAGGGAACAAGCUCCUAAACUUGAACUGUUAACCAAAAGAAAACUGGUUCCUCUGAGGUUGGGAAGCCGGACUCUGAAGUCUCUGCACUAUUGCGCUGUGUUUCUCUAGUUGUGUUUUCCAUUCAUCAUUCUGAGAAGCCAUAUUUGUGUUUUGUUGCCUUAGCAGGUGGGUUUGAUGCCAACAGGAGAUUGUUUUACAGCGAGCAGCUGACUGUGAGAGUCCAACAGGUGUGUUUAUCUUCUCAAUCAUCUGUGAACGUUUCAGCUGAAGAACAUUUGACGUCUGCGUCUUUAGGAUUCUCUACUCCCGUUACUCCACUGCUGCACAGUUCCACUCGAACUUCUCGUCCCUGAGAUUAUUCCCAGCUGCUGCGGCUAAAGGAGACGUAAAUGGUGUCGACAGGUUUUGUACAUUUGUGAGAAAUCAACAUGAACAGAUAUUUUAAAGCCGUUUUCUUUGUGUUGUCCUGUUAUUUUCUGAUGUUGCGCCUCUCACAAAUCCACUUACUGCUCCAACACAAUUACAAAUCAAGUGAGAUCAAAAUAUUCACACACAAAUAAUUUUAAGUUUACUAAAAUAACUCUCUGAUAAAUCCAUAAAUCUGCAAAAGUGUACAGCAGGAAUAGUUUCCUAGUUGUUUAGCUGUGGAUCCAGCCUGACGAGAGAAACACCACUGGUCCUGCUGUCUCUACAGGUGUGUGUGUGUGUGUGUGUGUGUGUGUGUGUGUGUGUGUGUGUGUGUGUGUGUGUGUGUGUGUGUGUGUGUGUGUGUGUGUGUGUGUGUGUGUGUGUGUGUGUGUGUGUGUCUUUUUAU